AUGGCGUCCGGCGGCCAUAUGCAUAAUUUCACCACCCUCAUCAAGCGGCUCGAGGCAGCGACCUCACGCUUGGAGGAUAUGGCGAUGUCAUUCGAUGACUCUAGCGCAUCAAAGUCCUUCCCUGCGGCGGCCCCGGUUCCGCCGCAGAUCCAGGACUUUGAUGCUUUGAUCAAGGGAGAUGUUCAGAACUUUGUCAACCUAGGAGAGAAGAUUGGUGGUCUUGUUGCUGAGCAAUCCAAAGCUGUCCUUCAAGCCUUCCAAGCCGAACGCACCUAUCUCUUCGUUGUCACAAAGGCCAAGAAGCCUGAUACCCAGCCCCCGGAGUUAAUGACGGAUCUGCACAAAGCAUCUGAUAGCAUUAACAACAUUCGCGAAUCAAACAGAGCAUCGCCGUUAUUCAACCACCUGAGCGCUGUUGCGGAGGGUAUUGUCGCCCUUGCUUGGUUCUUUGAGAGCAAGCCCGCGGAGUUUGUCACGGACAUGAUCGGUGGCAUCGAAUACUACGGAAAUAAGGUGCUGAAGGAGUACAAGGACAAGGACAAGGCGCAUGUCGAAUACAUCAAAGCCUACUAUCAAAACUUCAAGGCUCUUGCAGAGUACCUGAAGAAGCACUUCCCCCAGGGUCUUACGUGGAACAAUGAGUCUGGCAUUGAUGCCUUGGAAGCUUUGAAGCAGGCCAAGGGAGGACCUGCUCCAGUCAGCGGCGGUACGCCUCCUCCUCCUCCCCCUCCUCCCCCUGUCCCAGCUCUCAACGUCCCCGGUGGUGGCGCUCCCUCCCCACCUCCGCCUCCUGGUAUUCCCCCUGCUCCGGCCCCCGCCGCACCGGCACCAGACAUGGGUGCUGUCUUCAACCAGCUCAACCAGGGCGAAGGUAUCACCGCCAGCCUCCGCAAGGUCGACAAAUCGGAGAUGACACACAAGAACCCCAACCUGCGUGCCGGAUCAAUCGUUCCGGAUUCCGAGGGCUCCAGCGCCGCGCGCGGCAAGUCACCAGCACCUAGCAAAAAGCCUAAGCCCGAAAACAUGCGCGCGCGCAAGCCGCCCCGCAAGGAGCUCGAGGGCAGCAAGUGGCUCAUCGAGAACUUUGAUGCCCCUGGCGAGAUCAUCGAGAUCCCCGCGCAGCAGAACCAGUCCAUCCUCAUCAGCCGCUGCAACAAGACCAUCAUCAAGGUCACAAACAAGGCCAACGCCAUCGCCAUCGACAACUGCGUUGGUCUCUCGCUCAUCGUGGACUCUCUCGUCAGCAGUCUUGACAUCAUCAAGUGCCCCAAGUUUGCUGUGCAGAUCGACGGCACGGUCCCCACUUUGCUGAUGGAUCAGGUCGAUGGUGCUGCCGUCUACCUUGGCCAGCAGAGCCUCAGCACUGAGGUCUUUACUAGCAAGUGCUCCGCUGUUAACAUCAACCUUCCGCCACCGGAGGGCACCGACGGAGACACCAAGGAGUGCCCUCUGCCUGAGCAGUUCAAGAGCUACAUCAAGAACGGCGUGCUGGUGAGCGAGAUUGUCGAGCAUGCUGGUUAA